AUGCUGGCAGAAGACGAGCAUUCCCUCCAAUACCCGGACAAUGUCCAGAUUCAUGAAGACAUCAAAGGCCUCAUCGGUCGAUAUUACGCCGCGUUCGACACGUGCGGAGGCCAGGAUGAAUGUGCCCAGUGUUUCGCCGAAGACGCGGUUAUAACGGCCCCCAAUGGCGUCCAGAUUCAUGGGCGAGAGGCUGUACGAUCCUUACAUCAGAAGUCGUGGGCCUCCCUCUCACGACGCCUUCAUAGACCCACCAAGAUGUUCCCCUUCGGAAACCAGUCUACCGAAUUCGUCAUCAUCGGCACGGCGGAGGUUUGGGAAAAGGAGGGUAAAUACUCGAAGAUGAACUCGGCCAGCCAUUUCCGCUGUCGGCGGGAUGCAGCGUCUGGGGUUAUGGAGAUAAUAUCGCUCAAUAUUUGGGUGAGCUGA